AUGAAUUCCCCGGGCGGGCGAGGCAAGAAGAAGGGCUCCGCCGGCUCCAGCGCCUCGGCCCCGGCCGCCGCGGCCUCGCCCCCCGCGCCGGCUCCCCCCGCGCCGCCGCCGGCGGGGGCGGCCUCGUCGCCGCACAAGCGCAACCUCUACUACUUCUCGUACCCGCUGUUCGCCGCCUUCGCCCUGCUGCGCUUCGUCGCCUUCCAGCUGGGGCUGCUCUUCGCCUGGCUCUGCGAGCGCCUCUCCCGCGGCGCCCUCAUGGCCGCCAAGGGCGGCAGGGCCGCGGCGGGCGACGCGCCCGAGCCCGGCGAAGCAGGACAAAAGGAACAAGCUGUUGAAUGGUAUAAGAAGGGAAUUGAAGAACUGGAGAAAGGAAUAGCUGUCAUAGUAAUUGGUCAAGGUGAUCAGUGUGAACGGGCUCGACGUCUGCAGUCUAAAAUGAUGACAAAUUUGGCAAUGGCCAAGGAUCGCUUGCAGCUUUUAGAGAAGCUGCAGGCAGUUUUGCAAAUUUCCAAGCCGCAAAUGGAGGUCUAUAAUGACAGUACUAACCUGGCAUGCCGCAAUGGACAUCUCCAGUCAGAGAGCGGAGCAGUUCCGAAAAAGAAGGAUCCAUUAACACACAGCAGUAAUUCCCUUCCCCGUUCGAAAACCGUUGCAAAAAGUGGAUCCACGGGCCUUUCAGGUCACCACAGGACACCCAGCUACAGUGGGAUAUCGUCCUCUUCUGUGUCGAGACCAGCAGCUAAUCCUGCAGCAUCAGCUCACAAGGCUGCCCCUAAAAAUAGCAGAACAAAUAAGCCUUCAACUCCUACCCCUGCUGCUCGGAAAAAGAAAGACACAAAGAUAUUUAGAAAUGUGGACAGUAAUCUUGCUAAUCUCAUCCUGAAUGAAAUUGUUGACAGUGGGCCAGCUGUCAAAUUUGAUGAUAUUGCUGGGCAGGAACUGGCUAAGCAAGCUUUGCAAGAGAUUGUUAUCCUUCCUUCUCUUAGACCUGAGUUAUUUACAGGACUUAGGGCUCCUGCACGUGGAUUGUUGCUGUUUGGCCCUCCGGGAAAUGGGAAGACAAUGUUGGCCAAAGCGGUUGCUGCAGAAUCAAAUGCUACUUUCUUUAAUAUAAGUGCAGCAAGCCUAACUUCGAAAUAUGUGGGUGAAGGAGAGAAACUGGUGCGAGCUCUGUUUGCAGUAGCCAGAGAACUUCAGCCUUCUAUAAUUUUUAUAGAUGAAGUUGAUAGCCUUUUGUGUGAAAGAAGAGAAGGUGAACAUGAUGCUAGUAGACGUCUAAAAACAGAAUUUUUAAUAGAAUUUGAUGGUGUGCAGUCUUCCGGAGAGGACAGGAUACUAGUGAUGGGAGCAACCAACAGGCCGCAGGAGCUUGAUGAUGCUGUUCUCAGGCGAUUCACCAAACGGGUGUAUGUGUCUUUACCAAAUGAGGAAACAAGAUUGAUUUUGCUAAAAAAUCUCUUAAGCAAGCAAGGAAGUCCACUGACCCAAAAAGAGCUGGCACAACUAGCUAGAAUGACAGACGGGUACUCCGGGAGUGAUUUGACUGCACUGGCAAAGGAUGCAGCGCUCGGUCCCAUUCGAGAACUAAAGCCAGAACAGGUGAAGAAUAUGUCUGCCAGUGAGAUGAGGAAUAUCAGAUUAUCCGAUUUCACUGAGUCUCUGAAGAAGAUCAAGCGCAGCCUGAGCCCUCAGACGCUGGAAGCCUACAUUCGCUGGAACAAGGAUUUUGGAGACACCACGGUGUGAAACACUGUCCCCAGGGAGACAAAGCGCCGCCUAAAAGCGAUCGGUCGGUACUGACCCCUGGAAAGCAGCCAGAGUUUACAGGACUCGACAGAUCUUUAAGUAUCUGCACUAAAACUUGAGAUUAAGAAAAAUAUAUAAUGUGAAAAGCAUUCAUCAAGGCCUCCUUGGUACUUAGGAUUUACGCAGUGUAAGAAAGAGCACAGUAAGACUUGGGUUAAGAUUCAUAGCAAUGCGAUCUUGGCUUGAACAUUAAUUUCUCUAUUUUCUUUCUGCUAGAAAGUUCUGAUGCUACCAGUUGUUGGAAGAGCCGUUCCCUAAGUUGAAUGGGGAGAAGGUUGUUUCAUUUGCUCGACUUUGCCACGACGAUGAUGUCUGGCUUUCUGAUAAUGACUAACUUGCAAUUGGAGUUUUGUUAAAUUCGGUUCCGUUUUUGGCUUUUUAUCCUUAAUGUGCCAAAUAACUUCCCUAUGCAAAGAACAGCAGCAGCAUUGUGGGAUUCUCAUUAUUACAAGGUGCAAAGCAGCUGGUCUGUUAUUAUUUGUCUUUUUGUUUAGUUGUAAUGUGACAGCGUUGUUCACAGAGCAGAUUUUUUUAAAAGACCUUUGAUAGCAGAAUAGCAAAAGCCUAAUAAAAACAAUUGAAAGUUUCUUGGGGUUUUUUUAAUGACUAAAUAAAAUGGACUAAGAUAUUCCUUUAUUCUCUUAAUGCAUUUUGUAAUGCUUCCAUUGGUAGGAUGUUAGCUUAUGCUUCUGGUGUAUAACUUAAAGCCCAGCUGAUGUUUGAGAGAGUAAGUGAUGCUAAUUGUCAAGUUUCAGAAAUGAAGUGUUUCGACUCUGUAUUUGGUCUGUUUACAAUAAUUGAAAGUAAAAUUUCCAUUGUGAUCAUUUUUAAUCUACACAUGUGAGCAUUAAGAUAAGAGGCUACAUGUUUAAUAACUGGCACACAUUAAUGUUUUUAUAGCUUUCAUAUGUUUUGGUUUAUGUAUUAAAGUAUGAAACAGACUCAAGUGAUCUGCUUUUUUUAAAAAACAUUUACAAAGUUGCAUAUUGUUUAUAGUUAAGUAAAUUAAUUUAUAUUUUUGUUUGUGGUCUUAACAUAAAAUUCUUAAUUUUUCAUUUGUUUUUUUUCCCUAGGAAUAAGUUUUAAAUGCUUGUGGGACUGCUAA